AUGACAAGCAAGGAGCUGUCCGUAGGCCAGUCGGCCCAAUACGUCGGGCCUUACCGGUUGGAGAAAACCCUUGGGAAGGGGCAGACAGGUUUGGUGAAGCUGGGAGUCCACUGUAUUACGGGACAGAAGGUGGCCAUAAAGAUUGUGAACCGAGAGAAGCUGUCUGAGUCUGUCCUUAUGAAGGUGGAGAGGGAGAUAGCUAUUCUAAAACUAAUAGAGCACCCUCAUGUGCUGAAGCUGCAUGAUGUUUAUGAGAAUAACAAGUACCUGUAUCUGGUGUUGGAGCAUGUCUCAGGAGGAGAGUUAUUUGACUACCUGGUGAAGAAGGGCAGACUGACACCUAAAGAGGCCAGGAAGUUCUUCAGACAGAUCAUCUCAGCGCUUGACUUCUGCCACAGCCACUCUAUAUGUCAUAGAGACCUGAAGCCUGAGAACCUGCUCCUGGAUGAGAAGAACAACAUCCGCAUAGCUGACUUCGGCAUGGCCUCCCUACAGGUGGGGGACAGCCUGCUAGAGACCAGCUGUGGAUCUCCUCACUAUGCAUGUCCAGAAGUUAUCAGGGGGGAGAAGUAUGAUGGUCGCAGGGCAGAUGUAUGGAGCUGUGGCGUUAUCCUCUUUGCACUGCUGGUGGGAGCUCUACCCUUUGACCAUGACAACCUGCGUCAGCUCCUUGAGAAGGUGAAGAGUGGGGUGUUCCACAUGCCCCACUUCAUCCCCCCAGACUGCCAGGCCCUGCUCAAAGGAAUGAUUGAGGUCAACCCUGACAAGAGACUCACGCUAGAAGCAAUACAAAAACACUCCUGGUAUCUUGGUGGUCGUAACGAGCCGUGUCCGGAGCAGCCUCCUCCCAGGCGUGUGUGUGUGAAGAGGAUUGUGUCGCUGACAGAGCUGGACCCCGAUGUACUGGACAGCAUGCACUCUCUGGGCUGCUUCAGAGACCGGGGAAAACUGACCCAGGACCUGCAGUGUGAGGAAGACAACCAGGAGAAGAUGAUCUACUACCUCCUCUUGGACAGGAAAGAGCGUUACCCCAGCUGUGAGGACGAAGACCUGCCGCCCAGGAACGAUAUAGAUCCCCCUAGGAAACGGGUGGACUCUCCCAUGCUGACCCGUCAUGGCCGGUGCCGGCCGGAGAGGAAGAGUCUGGAGGUGCUGAGUGUGACGGAGCAGGGCUCCCCCACACCCACGCGCAGGGCGCUAGACACCUCCGCACACAGCCAGAGGCGGGCUCAUGCUCGAAAACCCUCCAAUGUGGCUGAAUUAAAACAAUUCUGCAAAGAAGACAGGUCUCGUUCAGUCAGUGGCGCUUCAACAGGGCUCUCAUCAAGUCCUCUCAGCAGUCCCAGGGUCACCCCUCAGGGGUCUCCACUCCCCACCCCCCUGGGAACCCCCGUCCACCACCCCCAGCACCCCCCGCCCACCCCUCCCUCCUCCUCCUCCCCUGGAGGCAGCGGGGGGAUGGCCGCCAGUAGCUCCGCCCACUGGAGGACACGCCUCAACUCCUUUAAGAACAACCUGCUGGGAUCGCCACGCUUCCACCGACGCAAACUGCAGGUUCCAACACCGGAGGACAUGUCCAGUCUAACUCCAGAAUCAAGCCCAGAGCUGGCCAAGAAGUCGUGGUUUGGGAACUUCAUCAGCCUGGAAAAGGAGGAACAGAUAUUUGUUGUCAUUAGAGACAAACCGCUUAGUUCCAUCAAAGCUGAUAUAGUCCAUGCCUUCUUGUCGAUCCCGUCCCUGAGUCACAGCGUCGUCUCCCAGACCAGCUUCAGAGCAGAGUAUAAGUCCUCUGGUGGCCCCUCCGUCUUCCAGAAGCCUGUUAAGUUCCAGGUGGACAUUGCCUUCUCUGAGGGAGAGAGGGACAGAGAAAGGGAACGAGCCGAGAGGGAAGGAAAGAGGGAAAAUGGCAUCUACAGUGUGACUUUCACCCUCAUAUCAGGUCCAAGUCGCAGGUUCAAGAGAGUGGUGGAAACGAUUCAAGCCCAGCUACUUAGUACUCAUGAUCAGCCAUCUGUGCAGGCACUGGCUGAUGAGAAGAAUGGGCAGCUGACCUCGCGUCCGCCCAGCACCCCGACCCGGCAAAACUCCCGACGUUCGGAAGGAGGCGGGGACCGGGGCGAGAGGUGUGAGCGUGGUGACGCAGGGAUAGGGGGUAGUGGGAGUGUGCUUCAGAGGAGGGGCUCGGGCAAAGACAAGACCAGACUCCUUUCCUCCAACGGGACACAGUCCCAGCCCUGAGGGAACAUUCUGGAAACAGACAUCAACAGGAUAGGGCAGAUAGACAGAGAUGACACUAGAGGACAACAAAGACAAACCCCUUCAGACUACCACCAUCACCACUACCACCGUCACAUCUACCAAACCACCUGACCCACAAUCAUCAUAACAAACCACUUCUUCAACCUGAAAUGGGCCCAACAAGAUAGUUGGCCACCAAGAUAGAAGAAAGAAAAGAGCAGACGAGAGGAAAACGCAGUGUCACUCAGAUUUGCUUCAGAACAGAAGCCAAGAUCAGAAAAAUGUCUAAUUGUAUGUUUGAAGUACAACACAUCAUGCAGCUGUCAACAACAAUAUGUAGCCAGUAAAAUAAGCGGGCAGACUUAUAUGGGGAAUGGCAGGCUCUGAAUGGUUAAAGGCUAAAUUGAUAUUUUUUUGGUAAGUUAUCCGGUCUACAACCAAUAAGAUGAAAACCAUUGUGGAAAUUCCGAAAUAAUAUCAACAAUUAUAACAGUGUUUCCCAGUUGACGUGGAUCCACUUUUAAGUUUUACUUAACAUCGCUUUUUGGGUCAGUGAGUGAAAUAUUACGGGUCAAGGAAACAGGUUGGGUCCUUUCACUGGAUUCUCAUUAACGAUAAGUUACGAGAACAGAAACAUGGUAGAAUUUAAGAUAAUGAUGAGGAAGACUGCAUCAAAAUCAGAAUGAAGCGUCCAAAUGCAUCUUUACAUCCAAGUAGCUCCAAAGAUGUCA